GUCACUUGACGCCGCUUCUGCGCCUGGUGGGGAGUUAGCUAACCAAAGCGAGCACACGCUUCAGCCCGACACUGGUUUAAAGGUCACAACAUAUGCACUGUGUCAAAAGAAGACUAUUGCCAUUCUGCUUUUACUACAGAUCCAAAAUGGCUCACACACAAGUGUCCUCCAACAAGUGCGCUGGUGGCUUCCAGAAGGUUUUCGAACAUGACAGCACGGAGCUCAAGUGUAAGAUGAAGUUCGCAGUCUAUCUGCCUCCCAAGGCUGAGACCGACAAGUGUCCCGUCCUGUACUGGCUCUCUGGUCUGACGUGUACGGAGCAGAACUUCAUCACCAAAGCGGGCGCUCAGGUGGCGGCUGCGGAGCACGGCAUCAUCAUCGUGGCACCGGACACCAGUCCACGGGGCUGUAACAUCGAGGGCGAGGAUGAAAGCUGGGAUUUUGGCACCGGAGCUGGUUUCUACGUCGACGCCACGCAGGACCCCUGGAAGACCAACUACCGCAUGUACUCCUACAUCACCGAGGAGCUCCCCAAAUUAAUCAACGCCAACUUCCCGACCGACCCAGACAAGAUGUCCAUCAGCGGUCACUCCAUGGGCGGCCACGGGGCGCUCAUCUGUGCCCUGAAGAACCCUGGGAAAUACAAGGCGGUGUCGGCCUUCGCUCCCAUCUGUAACCCGGUGCAGUGUCCCUGGGGACAGAAGGCCUUCUCUGGGUACCUGGGCCCCGACAGGGCCGCCUGGGAGGCGUACGACGCGACCGCGCUGGCGUCGGCGUACUCCGGUCCUCCGCUCGACAUCCUCAUCGAUCAGGGCCGUGACGACCAGUUCCUGUCGGCCAGCCAGCUGCUGCCCGACAACCUGAUCGCCGUCUGCUCCGAGAAGAAGAUCCCCGUCGUCUUCAGACUGCAGCCGGGCUACGACCACAGCUUCUUCUUCAUCUACUCCUUCAUGAACGACCACAUGAAGCACCACGCCAAGUUCCUCAACGCCUGAGGAGAGGAACGCCCGGCUCACGCUGACCCCGCUGACCUGACAUCAACCACGAGCCGCGCUUCUCUCCCGGCAGAAUUUAGUACAAUGACGUCAUCUAGUCCCUGGAAACGAUUCUGAUAUUCGGAUUCCUUUGUACCUUCUUGUCUGGACGGCACUGACCUAAAGUCUGUUGUGGAUGAUUGAGAAAGGUUUCCUACGACCCCCGACCGUCACAUGUGGAUUUUGUUCAGUUUGUUAUCAGUCAGCUGUAUUUUUAAGAAUAAAGUCCUCAGUUAUU